UACGGACCCUCUUGCCUCUCUCAAGAAGCCUGGAGGGCGUCUGGAAGGUAGCGUCCCCGCUGCCACCGCAGCUGCUGACAGCCUGAGGUCGGGGGCUUCAGGCAGGCGCCGGCCCCUCUCUGCGCCCCCUACCCUCGUUCGGUACUCCCCUCACCCUUGUUUCAGGGAAUGUCCAAAGGCCAGCUCCUAGCCCGAUAACGGAAAGCAGAGAGGGGGAGUGGAGCUGGGAAGCUUCCCAGAAGUCGAUGUGUGUUUGCAAACUAGUUUUUUUUUUUGCGCAAAAGCUGUCUGGCACCUGUGUGUUUAGAAAUGGGUGGGCAUGGCGAAAGAGCAAGGCCCUUUCUUUCUGUUCCCGCAGCGCUGCUGGUCUGAAAUAGAGCGAUCUCACUCUCACCCUCCCUUCUCUUCCCACCUCAUCCACUGCCUCGGGCCCCCUCCCCCAAUUCGGCAAGCUCUUCUUUGGAGGAGGGGCUCCCUUAGACAGGCGCCUUAAUUUGUCCAAGGUCAAGUCACAGGUGGAACUCGAACCAGCUCUGGUAGCCAGCUGGGGGUUCAUUUUGCUGUCUGUGCCUCACUUGGCCUCUUGUGUACUGGAGAAAGUGACAAAGAUAAGGGGUCUGGGAGAAUGAGCCGCCCUUUGUUUUGGCUGCCCUUAGUUUCGGCUUGCUUAGGGGUGUGGACUGUCACUGAGGGUGGAAGCUUGUUCUGCCCUUUGGGGCAUCCACAGCUUCAGUGACAGAGGCCAGGGAGACCUUUAUAAGAAGGAAAACAGGCAUUUUUUCCCCGGUUGUAACCUUCCUGGGCAGUUGCAGCCUCCCUGUGGGGGGCCGUGAUGGGGAACCUCCCUUGGGAGACCUCGCCCACCUCUGACACCAGGGGUCUGACCCAGCCUCUGUCUGAUCCUCAGGGUCAUCAUCUGUAAAAUGAGCUACUCCCUCAGGGCCUGCCUGCCUGGGAGCUGGACACAAAAACAUAAAGGAGUGAUUUUAUUGCAAAUCCCCUGGCAUGGGGCCUAGUGAAAGAGGGGACUGCCCCAGGUGGGUGAUGUAGUCUGCUGGGGUGGGAGAGGUCAUCCAGGCAGGUUUCUCCAUGGGAAGAACCAGGGGCUAAGGCUGUGGACACCUGGGGACACUUGGGUCUCUCCACACUCUGCCACUUCCUGCCUGCCAUGCCUUGCCACCCCAUGGGCUUGAGCUUUUUCCAUCUGUAAAUUGAGGCAAACCAUUGCACAAUCCAGCUUGCAGGGCUGCUGGGAGGCUCAAACCAGUGGGUGGGGGCAGGCAUUCUGCAAAGUGGGGUGUCUCCUGUGGUAUUUCAAGGGAUCCCCCAAAAGGCCAUGAAAAUUAAAAGCAGUGGCAUGAGUGAAGGCCAGGGAUAGAAGCUCGGUUUCUACAUCUGUACAAUAGUGUUAACAAUACUCUGUGUACCGUGCUAAAUCUUUUAGGGUCAUUGUAUAUUUCUUUAAAGGUAGUUGGGAGGAUUAAAUUAACUAACGAAGGGCUGUGUGCCAGCACCAUGCCUGGUACAUGAUAAAAAAAAAACCAAAAAAACAUGAUAAGCGCUCAGUAAAUGUUAACCAUCAUUAUUCAUGGGAAUAUUAGUAAGCCCGACGGGGGUAACUGCAUUCAGAAUUCCUUCUGGGAUUUUCUCAGGGCAACCUGCUCCUCCCUUCCUGCUUCCUUUCUGGAGAGAGAAGCCUCAGAAUGCAAACACCACUGACUCUGGCCCGUUGGUGACUUCUGGGCUGCUCUAGGGGCAGGAGCCUGGUGGAAAAGUUUACCACACCCAGGUGUGGAGAACACCAUGGGUGGCAGGUCGGGUCUGGGUGCUCCCAUCCCUCCACCUUGAGCUGGGCAAUAAGGAGUGAACAGAAAACAAAGAUCACCCUCUAAUGAUUCCCCUGCUCCUAUCAGAGCUGGGACUAUUCUCUCCAGGCAGGGUCCCAUCCUGAGCAGACCCCUAGCCCAGGGCCUGAUGGAGCUCCCCCUUCCUCUCCCCUCCGCUAACUCUGGGACUGCUGAGUCAGGAGGAAAACAUUUCAGGAAUCCAGCCCCCCCUUGGAGAAUGUGGCCUCAGAAAGGCGGCAGGAUUCCUUUGCCGGAUUUCUGCACCCCCCGCCUCCCCCCCACCCAGUGCACAAUGUGGGCUCCAUGGGAUCUUGGGGAUGAUUGUGUCCCAUCCAUCACUAUCCAGAUGGGGGAAUACAAGAUCCUAAGGGGAGUGUGGCUUCCUGAGACCGCAUAGCGCGAGAGGACUGAGCUGGGAUCAGAGGCAUCUCCAAGCUCCCAGCUCUGUGUCCUCUCCCCUUGUGCCAGAGCCUUGCUGUUCUGUAUCCUGGAGGCUUUCUCCACUUGUCUGUCCACACCUUCUUCCUCCGGGGUUUGAGAUGAGAUUUAGUGUUAAACCCGUUGCCAUCAAGUUGAUUCCAACUCAUAGUGACGCUAUAGGACAGAGUAGAACUGCCCCAUAGAGUUUCCAAGGAGCACCUGGUAGAUUCGAACUGCCGACCUUUUGGUUAGCAGCCGUAGCACUUAACUACUACGCCACCAGGGUUUCUAGACUUAUUGUUAGGUGUGAUCAAGUGAAUUUCUAUUCACAGCGACCCCAUGUGACAGAGUAAAAGGACCCCCAUAGGCUGUAAUCUUCUCCUGCAGAGCCGCUGGGUGGGUUUGAACCAUCCUUUUGGUUAGCAUCCAAGGGCUUAACAUUGCACCACCAGGGCUCCUGAGAUGAGACUAGCUGAGGCUUAGUUUUUCUCGGAGCACUUGACACUCUUUAAAAUCAUCUUGUUUAUUCAUUUGUGUUUCUGCUUGUUAUCUCCUCCACACCCCCACAAGAGUGUCAGCUCUACAAAAGAGCGAGAACAGUGUUCUCUUGUUCAGGGCUGUAUCUCCAGCACUUUAAACUGCCUUGUAAGAUGAAUGACUGAAUCCGCCCCUUGUUGUAGCCACCUGUUAAGUGGGUCAGUAAUGGUGGGUGAUGGAGCUGGAAGAAUUAUGAACUCAUCCUCUCGGGAUCCCUGUCUCAGCACGCUGAGUGUUGGGGACCGUCAGAGGACAGUGGGCCUGUUGAGUGAGAAGGGACACAUCCUGGCCUGGGAGACAGGGAAAGGUGUGUGUCUGAAAGGAGGGACUUACCUGGCACUGAAGGACCGGGGUGGGGGUAGGGGAGGUAGCAGAGAUGGCAGCUGGCAUCCUAGACGGGGAGUCAUCUGCAGACAUCACCUGCCCACCCACAGGAGUGAAGGGUGCUGGGAAGAAUCGCUCAUUUCUUGUGUGGUCUGGGCCUCUUCACCUCUCUGACCUCAUCUAGGAAACGGGAACCUAAGGACAGGAACACCCCCUACUGCUUUCUUCAUGGGUUUCUCAAGGCUGCAGUGAAAGGGGCUGUAAAGUGAAGAGGCCUGGGCACGGAUAUAAUUCUUGCAACUGUGACUUUGGGUCCCGUCUUCCAGGAGGGCUUCCCUCGUCAUGUAACCACCCAUUGGGUCAAUCAACAAAUGGCUGUUGGGCAGCUCCUCUGUGCCAGGGACCGACCGUGUUGUCUGCUGGGGCGACAACCCUGAUCCAGACAAACGCCCCGUGCUCAGGGGCUCUGAGCACACUGGAAGGCAGAGAGACUGCCUGGAAUUGCUGCUGCCACCGCCGUCCCCCAUGGCCUACGUACCAGGUGGGGGUGCCCCAGUAGCAGGGGCAGUCCCUGUGGGUUCCCAGUAUUGUGUGUGCAAGGUGGAGCUGUCCGUGAGUGGCCAGAACCUGCUGGACCGGGAUGUCACCUCCAAGUCAGACCCUUUCUGUGUCCUCUUUAUGGAGAAUGAUGGCAGGUGGAUGGAGUACGACAGGACAGAAACGGCGGUCAACAACCUCAACCCCGCGUUCUCCAAGAAGUUCAUCCUCGACUACCACUUUGAGGAGGUGCAGAAGCUCAAGUUUGCCCUGUUUGACCAGGACAAGUCCAGCAUGCAGCUGGACGAGCAUGACUUUCUGGGCCAGUUCUCCUGUAGCCUGGGCACGAUCGUCUCCAGCAAGAAGGUGACGCGGCCUCUGCAGCUGCUGAACAACAAGCCUGCAGGGAAGGGCUUGAUCACGAUUGCUGCCCAGGAGCUGUCAGACAACCGGGUCAUCACACUGAGUCUGGCCGGCAGGAAGCUGGACAAGAAGGACCUCUUUGGGAAAUCAGACCCAUUUCUCGAGUUUUGUAAGCUGGGAGAUGAUGGCAAGUGGAUGCUUGUCCACAGGACUGAGGUGAUCAAGUACACACUGGACCCUGUGUGGAAACCCUUCACCGUGCCGCUGGUAUCCCUGUGUGAUGGGGACACGGAGAAGCCCAUCCGGGUCAUGUGCUACGACUAUGACAACGAUGGGGGCCACGACUUCAUCGGCGAGUUCCAGACCUCGGUGUCACAGAUGUGUGAGGCUCGUGACGGUGUCCCGCUGGAGUUUGAGUGUAUCAACCCCAAGAAGCAGAGAAAGAAGAAGAACUAUAAAAACUCGGGCAUCGUAAUCCUGCGUUCCUGCAAGAUAAACCGGGAGUACUCCUUUCUGGACUACAUCCUGGGAGGCUGCCAGCUCAUGUUUACCGUUGGGAUAGACUUCACAGCCUCUAAUGGGAACCCCCUUGACCCUUCCUCUUUGCACUAUAUCAACCCCAUGGGCACCAACGAGUACUUAUCAGCCAUCUGGGCUGUUGGACAGAUCAUUCAGGACUACGACAGUGAUAAGAUGUUUCCAGCUCUGGGGUUCGGAGCCCAGUUACCUCCAGACUGGAAGGUCUCCCAUGAGUUUGCCAUCAACUUCAACCCCACCAACCCCUUCUGCUCAGGCGUGGAUGGCAUCGCCCAAGCAUAUUCAGCUUGCCUGCCCCACAUCCGCUUCUAUGGUCCCACCAAUUUCUCUCCCAUUGUCAACCACGUGGCCCGGUUUGCAGCCCAGGCCACGCAGCAGCAGACGGCCACGGUCCCUCGGCAGCCAGCUUCUCAGAAACAAGCUAGGGGGCAGUACUUCAUCCUCCUCAUCAUCACGGAUGGUGUCAUCAGCGACAUGGAGGAGACGCGGCAUGCCGUGGUGCAGGCUUCCAAGCUGCCCAUGUCCAUCAUCAUUGUGGGCGUGGGCAACGCCGACUUCGCGGCCAUGGAGUUCCUGGACGGGGACAGCCACAGGCUGCGCUCCCACACGGGUGAGGAGGCAGCCCGUGAUAUCGUGCAGUUUGUGCCCUUUCGCGAGUUCCGCAACGCGGCAAAAGAGACCUUGGCCAAAGCCGUGCUGGCGGAGCUGCCCCAACAGGUAGUGCAGUAUUUCAAUUAUAAAAACCUGCCCCCCACCAACUCGGAGCUUCCCUGAGCGCCAGCCUGCGCCCAGCAGCAGCAUGCCGCCUGAGCCACCCUCCCUCCCCAGGAACAUGCACGCUCACCCUGCUUCCUCGUGGGUGGCCUUUUUUACCAAUCGACGUUUUUAUUUUUUACAACUGGACCUCCGCUCCCCCUCCCCCACAUCCCCCCAUCCUCUGUUGGAGUCACUGAUGAUGCUUCUGGGCCAGACUGGCUUCCUCUCUUCUCCCCGCCUGCCACUCUUAAGUAUUGAAUGUACUUUGUAUAAUUUUAGUGGAAUUAUUAUUGUUAUUAAAGAGAAUAAAGUUUUUACAAUCAUAACUGGCUUUUU